GAACUAGCAGCUAGCAACACAACAACAUUGAAAGCGUGUGAUAGAAUUUUGUGUGUGGUGUGUGUUUUUUUUCCAUCCAUUUCUGACAGUCGGUCGGGUGCGUAGUGUUUAAAGUACAAAACUCUCGCAAUUGCAUUUGAGAUGGCAUCGAAGGGCGGCAAUCAGCAAUUCCAAGGUAACAACCGUGGCAUGCAGCGCCAGCGACAGCAGCAACAACAGCAGCAGCGUGCCAACGUUCGUGCGGCUAUUGCACCUUAUCGUAUGCCUUUCCGUCCGCACGGCCCGGGCCAGGGCCAUGCACAGGGACAGGGGCAGGGUCAGGCACAGAUGUACACGUCCUGCCAGAUGCCCAGUGAUCCGCUCUACGUUGACUUCAAUGGUCCGCCACCGGAGCCAGUUCCACCGCCGCCGACAGCCGCAGCAGGAAAUGCGGGAGGCGCAACUUUGGCUGCGGGUGGCAAGAAGAAGGCGAUGAAGGGUAAACAGCUGAAGGGCAACAAUAACAACAAACAGCAACAGUUGCAGCAACAACAACAGCAACAGGGACACAAUUCGCAGUUUGCACAUCAAAUGCCACCUAUGAUGAUGCAAGGCGGCGAUAACGGCUGGCAUCCGCAUCAGCAGCGUUUCCACACACCCAAUGGCAGUCGGUUCAAUGCACCGCAUCGCAAUCGCGCCCAGGGACCAGCAAAUGGACGCUCCGCCCGCCAUAUGAUGGGCGGCGGCGUCGGCGGACCAAUGGGCGGUCCACGACGGGGCCCGGGACCAGUUAAUGGCGGUGGCAAUGGACCAAUGCCACCAUUUCCACCGAUGCCACCAUUCCAAGGACCAAUGCCGCCCAUGCACUGCCCCAUGCCACACAUGGGUGGGCCACCGCCACCACCGCCGCCACCAUUUAUGCGUCGCAAUGGACGCGGUCUGCCCAAUCAUCCACAUCAUCCCCACCAUCAUCAUCAUCCGCCCAUGCCGCUGCCCUUGAUGGGGCCACACAUGAUGGGCGGGCCACGCGGCAUGCGUCCGUUGCGUGGCAUGCCACCGGGUGGCAUUCCGGGUGCACCGUUCAACAUGGCGCAUAUGAAUGGCAAUAUGAAUGGCAGGAAGAUCACCAAACCGAAUGCACAGCUGGUAAAGCAGGCGGUGCGGGGGAAGAGCAGUAUCAAGACAUUGGAGGAUCUGGUUAAUCAGUAUCCCAUCGAUAAGCCGUGGGUCAACGAUGAGAUACGUGCCGUCCACGGGGAGAAACUGGAUAUUGAGAAUCGGCUGAAGGGCAACAAGGACGAUGAGCUCUUUGCCAAGUUCAAGGUGCAACGCGAUCGUUUUGUCGCGCUCUACGAGGCGGCGCGGGAGAGUUACCUAAAGCGAGAAGCCGCGUCGGUGAUGGCCAAGGAUGCCACAGACAAAGAUAAAGACAAUGAGAAAAAAGCAGAUUUAAAUCAGAACGCCGUCGCGACUAAGAUCGAGAAGUCAGAGCUGUCGAAAGAGACAGAGACAGACAAAGAGAAAGAGAAAGAAACAGAAACAGUUAAAGAAACAGAAACUGAUCAUGAAACUGAAAACGAUAAUGAGAAUGAGAAAGAGAAAGAGAGCGAUGGGUCAAGUCCAAUAACUACCAUAAGAAUUACAACAAUAUUCAAUAAAUACAAUAACUAUUAGCGCCAGCAACAAUAAUUCAAAUAAAUCAAAUAGCAAUGGACGCAACACAAACAAAGCAUUGAAGAAAGAAACUACAACUGCAAAGCAUGUGAAAAAGAAUAGUUCAUAAAUAAAUGCAAUUUGUUAACUGCAAAUGCAACAGACAACAAAUCAGAAGUUAAGAACACUACAAUUAAAAAACACAAACACAAUGCAAAAACACAUGUUUCAAAUAAAGCAAAACACAAAUUUAAAAAAAAAUUAAUACACUACCACAUACACACACACACACACAUAGAAGGAUAACGAAUAUGAAAAAUUGCAAAAUUCGAUUUAUAAUGAUAAUUAUUAUAAGAGAAUGUCAGCCAAAUAGAUUUUUGUGUCGUACUCUUUGAUUUUGCGACUGAGAACUGAGCUUAAUUAAACCAAUUACAAAAAUUACAUGAUAACAAAUAAAUCAAAUAGUUGUACAUUUUUGCGACAAGAGAGAAAGAAAACUAACUAUUGCCUCCAUUAUUAAAUAUUAAACAUAAUUACGCUAAUUACGAUAAUAUUAAUAAUUAAUGAAUUAUUUAUUUUAAACUUAAAUGCUGCUAUGCAAUUCAAAUCAAUUUAAAUUCAUUGUUGAUUGUAUCUUUAGCUACGUAACGUUGCACAUAACGUAACGUAACGUUGUCACGUAACGUUGUCACGUAACGUCACGUAUUGUAUUUGUCUGUUAAAUAAUAAGUGAACAAAAAGAGAAUUGAAAAACAAACAAAAAAAAAAAAAACAAAAAAAGAAGUCCUUAACAAUGCCAGUUUGUAUCCUAGUUAAUAUGUAUUUCACACACUGCUAAAGUGCAUUUCCCCUUCUUGAUAUUUAUCUAUCUACACAUAUAUAAAUGUUGUGUAUAUAUAUCCUUUAAAACACUUUAAUUAUUUCCGGGGAAAUACACUUUAUUUUGCAAAUUAUUCGCAUUUCGUGACACCAACGAAAACAGUAAAAAUAAAAAGGAAAACAAUGAAAAUGAAUAGAAAUAGAAAGUGAAUUAAUUUCCGUUUAAUUGUAUUUUUAAAUUAAUUCUUAAAAAUUACAAAUUAAGAUAUGAGUUAACACUAAAUUCUGAUUGUUCCCACUGUGCGCAUCGACUUUGUUUUUUUUUUUUUUGGUGUUUUCUCUUUCAAAUCCUCCUCCCACCCCCCGCUCUCUAUUUAAGUCUUCUACAUUUACUUGUUCUUCGUUAUGCCUAUAAAACAUAUUUGUAUGUUUUUCGUUAUUGUGUUAUUAUAUUCCCCUACGUUCCCACGUCCUUUCCCUUAUUUCAAACAUAAACAAACAAACAAAACAAAACAAAAAAAAAAUGCUUAUUAGCUUCAAUCAUUUUUGGCAAUUCCUAAAUGUAAAUAUUUAUUGAGAUUGAGAUUAUUGUAUAAAUUCAAUUGAAAACAAAAGAAAAAGCCACAAACAAACAUAUACACACACUUGUAUUUAACGAUAUAUAAAUAUACACACAACAUACAACAAAUUA